GGCCAUAUUUCCAUUUAAAAUUCGCCAAGCUUGUGUGCGUAUCAGCCGACGUAGUCAGACGCAGUUAUCAGCAUUUUUUCCUCGUCUGAUUAUUCGUGAUUCAGCAAUUUAACAUUGUACAGUUCUCUAUUGGGGACUCGAGCAGACUCGAAUAGACGGGAAUAAACGGGAAUACCUUCCGAUAGAUUGGCGAGAUGACGACGAUCAAGGCAGUCUGUGUUCUUCAGGGAGACAGGGGUGUGAAGGGAGUCGUGAAUUUUGAGCAGACGAAAGGUAGUAAUAAUGUUAAGGUGACUGGAACGAUUGAAGGCUUGGAGAAAGGCCAGCACGGUUUUCACGUGCAUCAAUUUGGUGACAACACCAAUGGUUGCACGAGUGCCGGCCCUCAUUUCAAUCCAGAGAACAAAAGUCACGGUGGACCAGAACACAGCGAGCGCCAUAUUGGAGAUUUAGGAAACGUGAUAGCAGAUGCUAACCGCGUGGCAAUUGUUAACAUUACCGAUUGUGUCAUUCAACUUUCUGGAGAACGUAGUAUCAUUGGGCGAACUCUUGUGGUCCAUGAAGAUGCUGAUGAUUUGGGCCUGGGUGGCGUGGAACUGUCAAAAGAGACUGGCAAUGCUGGUGCUCGUCUUGCCUGCGGUGUUAUUGGCAUCGCAAAGUAAAUGUACGUGAUCGGCGCGAAAAGUUGAUAGGAUUAAAGAUAGGGUGUAUGUUAGAGACGUACUAUUUUCUUAUCACUUGGUUUUCAUACAACCGUAUAAAAAUUAUUCUUUUGUUCUUUGCAAUUUAUUAUAUAAUAUUAUGUAAUACUAUUAAAGUUGCUUCCUAAUAAGGUUAAUAAAGUGUCAAAACUUGAAUUUA